AUGGUGCGGACGACACUGCAAUUGGUGGCGUUUCAGGUUUUGGUUAUCCUGAUGAGUGUUGGCGCCGAUUACAUACCGCCUUCAAGAUUUGAUGGAUUCGUCUACGGAAAAGGGUCGUUGAAUUUGUUGGAUACAGUUUUGAUCGAAGCGUUUUAUGAUCCAGUGUGUCCAGACAGCAGGGAUUCAUGGCCCCCACUCAAACAAGCUCUUCAUCACUACGGUUCUAAGGUUUCACUCCUUCUUCACCUACUCCCUCUACCUUACCACGACAAUGCUUUUGUAACGUCUCGUGCUUUGCACAUCGUGAACAAUUUGAACGCAUCUGCGACUUUCCCCUUGCUGGAGUGGUUCUUUAAGCAUCAGGAAAAAUUCUAUGGAGCUCAAACAAGGAACUUGUCUAGGGAUUAUGUUGUGGAGGAGGUAGUGAAGUCUGCAACACAAGUAGUUGGGAGCUCUUAUUAUAAUGCUAUAAAGAAUGGCUUCAAUGACACAAAUACUGAUUAUCAGACCAGAGUUUCUUUUAAGUAUGCUGCUUCGAGAGGGGUGUAUGGAACGCCUUUUUUCUAUGUCAAUGGAUUCUUGUUGCCUGAUGCCGGUGGUGCAGUUGAUUACAAGGCUUGGAGGAAGGUGAUUGACCCAUUGGUUGGUUCUAAGAAGAGUAAACAAAAUGAAGAGAACCUUCAUUUCUUCUUGUGA